ACCCAACAGCCGUUUUGUUUCACGUUCUCUUCUUUCAUAUCCACCAAAUAAAUUUACUAAAACAAUGCUCUUUGAUCAAUUCGCAUCAACGGCUGCAACUCCGUCAAUUUUUUAACCGGGUCACUGAGCGGUCAUGUGGUUAUUCCUCGCGCUCGGAAUACCUUUUCUACACGUGCAUCUUGCUAUAAAUAGUUCAAAAUUUUCAUCCAAACAGUGUCUUAACAUUAGUGAGUUUUCCGCGGCUCGUUACUCAAAUAGUUGAUUGUUUUUUUCGGCAAAAGCUGUACUUACAAACAAUAUAAUAAAAAAAUUCUUUGUUAGGUCGGUCAGAGUUACCUGCUGUGAUAUAAUAACCGCUAUUUAUAAAAAAAGUUAAUCGUAUUGCAAUAAUCUCGCACGCUAAACAUUUUCGACAACGUGAGUGACAAAUUAGUUCAUCAAAAUUUAUUAAGAUAAGUGGAACGUUGCUUAAUAAACAGUCAAAAUUGUUUUUGAUAGACUUGUAUCCUGUGUUUAAAAAAAAUAGAAGUAGGCUGUUGUUACAAGCAGAAAAAGCUGGAUAAAAUACUGUUACAGCUGUUAUACGACGAAGUGCCUUUCUAUUCGGACUUUUGAUAUUUUUACAUAAACACUUUGUACUCGAUUUAAACAGAGACAAUCAUCGAACCUGGAUAAACUAGAGGAACAUUCAUACUCGGUUUCUAGAUAUGCUCGAAGUAGCUUUCUACACUCCAGGAAAUAUCAUAGUGUGUCUUGUAUGGCAGAAUCAGUGAUGUUGUGCUUCGUACAAGGCUUAGAAGACAAAGAUGUGACCAGGAGUACUGGUACUAGCAAGGAACCGAAGUUUAACUCUGUUAAAAAGAGGUUUUUAUUACGAAAAUCUAGGUCGUCUGGUAAUUUCGGGAGCGCGGGGGCUCGUUCCGCUCCAAGUACACCUCAAGAACAGCAAGUACUAUGCAAUCCUUCUGGCACUACACUAUCUCCCGAUCUACUUCCCAGUCCCUCAAGCCCUGGCUGCACCACAAUAAUCAGUCAGACUAGUCCAAGUCAUGCACUAUUUUCCAAGUGUGACAAAGCAUCUUUAAAGCACUUGUCAACAUCAACACCAAUAAUGACAGCACAAGCUCAAGUAACAGAACCUCCUAGUCCUAAAACAACCAAAGAUCCAAAAAUCCGUACAACAUCCAAAGCGAGGCAGAAAAAAUUCAUGAGGCACUUUCCUAAUGUGGAAGAAGACGAAAAAGUAUUGAACUAUUACUCAUGUGCACUAAUAGGAGACAUUCUAUUACAGGGUCAUCUUUAUAUCACGAAAAACUAUUUCGCGUUUUACUCAAAUGUUUUUGGAUAUGUUACAAAAUUAUUGAUUCCAAUAUUAACGGUGGAAGAUAUUACAAAAGAAAAAACUGCAAGGAUAAUACCUAAUGCCGUAGGUAUAGCUACAAGUGAAGACAAGCAUAUAUUUGGAAGUUUGAUAUCGAGGGACAGUACGUUGGUGUAUAUGAAAACAGUAUGGCAAAAAGCAAAAAAUGCAUCACCAGUUAUAAUUGAACCAGAAAUAGAGGAACCAGACUUAGAUUCUAGUGAUUCAAUAGAAGUAGAAAGUGGUCGAGAUUCACCCCCAAUUGAAAUAAAGCCUAAGUUUUCUUUAGUCAAAAUAAUUCCAAAAGAUCUACGACCUAGUGGAGUAGAAGGGUCGGAUUAUGACAAGGACUCUGGAGGGUUCAUGAAAGUGCUAAAGGAGGCCAUCGUCGAGUUUAGAAAAUUACCAAGACAAAGCAUAAUCUUGUGUGCUACAACACUCUUGCUCAUUCUUCUCUUUUUCUCAGCCGGGCUGUUGCUCUAUCGAAUAAGCAAAAUUCAAAACAAAUACUCUCUGGCGCUGCACGAGAACAUGAUCAAAGGAUCCAAGGAUGUAUAUAGCGACCUCUUGCAGUGGCAUUCUCAGAUGCAUUCGAAAUCGGCAGGGGCCGUGAAUGACUUUUUAGAUUCGAAUUUAGUUCUUAUUGCUCAGGUUAGGCAAUCGUUAGAAGCAUUAUCUUCAAUUCUGGUGCAGUCUAAAAGUACAUCUCAAAUGCACGAAUCAAACGCAAAGCCCAUAGAAGGAGCAACCAAAGACAACAGUUAGCCAAUUAAUCAGUCCUGUAUGAACAACAAUCCUUUGUCCCGAUGAAUAUGUUGAAAGCAAAAAACCUUAUCAGUAUUUUGAUAGAAUUUUAAAAACUCCACCAGUAAUAGGUCACAAAAAUUUCAAAUCCUUAUAAAAUAGGUUAUUACCGCUGAAAGCAGUAUAUUGAAUUUCUGAUCGUUUGAUAAAUGGUGGUAAAUGGUGGCUUGAGUUGUAUAACCUCGAUAGAAAUCAAAGAGGGUAGAUAUGUUAAGUAAAUUAGCAGAGAUAUAUUAAAAGAUUAUUUUGUUUAAAAUAA